GCCAUGGAAUCAGACGCCGCCAUAAACGAGAACCUGCGGCAGCAGUUUAAGACGCUUCAGGAGCAGCAACAGAAACGUCUCCAGAGACUGAUGGAGAGGAAGAAAGAGAAGCAGAGCGGGCAGGAGCAGAAAAAAGCCGACGCAUUUGGAGUUCAGGACCAGCUAGAUCUAUUCCGACUGGAUAGGGAAUCCUCCGGCGAUCUGGGAAAAAGGAUCCUGGAGGAUGAGAACGAGCGGCUGCAGGGACAGGCACGGGAACUGCAGGAUGAAAAUGGCCGACUGCACAAACUUCUGAGGGAAAAAGAGUUUGAGAUUCGACACCUCCGGAGGAAAGUAGAAGACGACAAGGUGGCUCUGGCUGGUAAUCACCAACCCUGCGAAUGCGUUAGCUUUGAUUUAAUACGGGACUACACUCACCUCCGCUCCAGUGAUAAAAUGUCUGAACGCUCCCUCGCCGGCACCAACAUCUUCUCACUGGCUUCUUCUCGAAAUGAAUCCAUUGUGGAAUUGUCCAAAAGAAAUCGUGAGCUCAGCGCUGAGCUGGAGAGUGAAAAGACCAAAGUGAGGCAACUGAAUAGCAGAGUGAAAGAGCUGGAGAGAGAGCUGCAUACAACCACGGCAAAAUUUGCACAAGACCCCGAGAAAGACUCUAGAAAUGGGCCGAAUGCGAUCUGGUCCAUGGAAGUAACUCCGGCAGAAAGCUCCGAGAUGAAAGCGUUACAAGACAAGCUGGCGGCCGCCAAUUUAAAGCUAUCGGAAUAUCGGAACCAAAUCCAGACCACUAAACAAGAGCUGAAAAUGGCUCACAAGGUUUUAGUCAAUGAAGUUGGAGAAGAUGUGAAUAUUCCUCAGCUAAUUACUUCAUCGGGAAGCUGGAGAGGCCGGGCGCAGAUGAUUCUAGCUCUGCAGGGCAGGGUCCGGGAGCUGGAGACCCAGCUGGGCCAGAUAAGGAGUCCCACGUCAGAGCUCAGUCUGGAGGAAGAGAUGAUGGGUACAUCCAGGAGGCUGCCAGCUCAGGAGAAGAACUUGUUUCGCCUGCGAACGCUGGAGAAGGAGAAGAAAGAAACUUUGGAGAGGCUGACCGGAGAACAUGACACUGUCAAGAAGGAACACGAGGAUCUGAAAAAGAAGUUUGAGGCUUCAAAAGCCAGAAACAGAUCUCUGUCCAAUGACCUGAAGACCCUCAAAUUGCAGAUGACAACAUUGCUGGAGAAAGGGAAGCAUGACGAUGAACUCAUAGACGCCCUCCUGAUCCAGCAGAAGAACAUGCAGGAGAUCCUCGCCAACCUGACCAAAAUGGAGCAGAAACACCAAGACUCGCAGCAUUCCCUGGGCGUUCACCUGAAUAACGAGAACCAGAAGCAGAACUCGCUGGUCACUCAGCUAAAGCAGAUGGUGGCAGAGAGGGAGGCCAAGGUGAAAGAUCUGGAGGAGGAAAUCCAGCAACUGACCACCAAGAGUUCCCCUAAAAGGCCGUCCAGCAUGAAAACUUUAGCAGAAGUGUCACAUAAUGGGAUCGGGAUGGAUCACCGGCUUUCAGUGCGGUCACUGUCUGACAGCAGCGGUCACAUGGGCUCAGCUAGGACAGUUUCCAAACUGGGACACGAGCUGGUAGAGACCGUCGCAGCUCCACCUCCUGUCAUCGGCAUGGCUUCUUCAUCUGGAAGCUCGGAGCUGCGGGCGCAGUACGCCGAAUACAGAGCGCUGUGUCAGGCCGCCGAGGUGGAGAGGGACCGGCUGAUGGAGCUGGUGUCAGUCCUGCAGAGGAGGGUGGAGGAGAACAAUAUGAAGGCUCUGGAAGCGGAGAAGAAGCUGCAGGAAGAGAGACGGCGCUCUGUUCACCUAGAGCAGCAGCUGGAGAGGAUAAAGAUGGACGCCGCAAAGAACGGCGCCACACAAAAGAUGUCCGCUCGCGGCAAAGCCGGACAGUCGCUCAGCAACUCCCGACUCUUCCGGAAUUUCAAUGAAUCCUCCGAUUUAUCCUCCAACGUUCCACUGGAGACUCAGCUCGAGGAGCUCAGCACAAAGCUUGAAAUUAAAGUAGAAGAAAACGAAGCUUUAAAAUCAGCUCUAAAGAGCGCCCUGAAAACGAAGGAGGACGACCUGAAACUCUACAAUGAGAUGAUGGUGCAGGUGAAGCAGAUCUUCCUCCAAGCUCUGCGCCAGCACAAGCAGGAACGUGGCGCCCUCUAGUGUCCCCCCAGGGGCAGCUGCAUCCAUGACGCCUCAAGUGUCCUUGCUAAA